AUGGAUAGCAAUUGGGAUAACUCCACCGACUCAUUUCACAAUCCACUCAUCUAUAACUAUAUCGAACCAGAUCCCGCACUGGUCUAUAUAGUCAAUGACCAACCCAACUUGGUGCCCCGACAACGAAAUGUUCCUGUUGCUGUUGAACAUGGCAGUUGGUCGACGAGGAAGCGUAAAAUUCCUUUCACGGAUCCAAUGAUUGAAGAUCAUCAUCCCGUGUAUGGCGAUAAUACUUUUCCCAACGGACAAAAUGUGAGUGCAGACGUAAAUUUAAACGAACUUCGAUUUUGUCCUCCUGUACCAAAACCAAUGUUCUGCACUUGCUGUCAAGUUCUUAGACAAUUGAUUUACACCAACGGUUCUGAUUGUGAGACGUUCGAGAUUCAUGGAGAGAUCGGGGUGAUUAACCAUGCAAUAGUCCACUGCCAGAAUUUCACACAGGAUGGCCUUUCAUGCGACGCUUAUCGCAGGAUUGAUUUCUCCCACAAUAGCACAGCAGAGAUUAAGAGUUACCUGGUAGAAUACUGCGCACAGAAGAAUAAAUUAGGAUACAUUGCUCUACAAGAUCCGUUGUCUACUUAUUACGAAGCCCUCUGCACUGGUCUGGAAACGGUUGGCGUUUUCAUAGACGAAGACGAAAACACAAUCCCACAAAAUGAGGCCGAGCCCGAGUUGGAGCCGGAGCCCGAGCCCGAGCCCGAGCCCAAGCCUGAGAGUAAAAGAGCUUCUUCAGCUUUUAAACCCAAUCGCCAAUUUCAGAUAAAGAGAAUAAAAACGAUGACACUGAAUGAUCUGAGGGGUGUGUUCCAUUUAACCAUUAAGGAUGCUGCUGCAGAAAUAGGCGUAUCAGUAUCUGUGAUAAAAACAAUUUGCCGCAGGGAAAGAAUAUCUUACUGGCCCCAAAGGAAGGUGACAAGCUUGGCGAAGAGAGUGGAAGUACUGAAGAAAAGUUUGGAUUCACCGGAUCCAGUGGUGAGGAAAACAACUCGAGAAGAUAUUCAAACUUUUCAACGAUUAAUAAUUGAGUGCUGUGGUGGAGUCACCCCUACAGGAAUACAACUGCUCCAGUUCCAAGAACAAUAG